CCAGGCCGCAGGUCCUCAGUCAAGUGACACCCGGCGGCUGCCCGGGCGCUGACAGUGGAGCCAGGAGGCCGGAGGGUGGAUAUGCCGGGGGUCGUUCGCAUCCUCUCCCUGCUGCUGGUGCCGCUGCUGCUGGGCUCUGCGCGUGGCUUGCACAACGCCUCCCAGCGGACUUUCGAGAUCGAUUACGGCCACAACUGCUUCCUCAAGGAUGGCCAGCCCUUCCGCUACAUCUCGGGAAGCAUUCACUAUUUCCGCGUGCCCCGUUUCUACUGGAAGGACCGGCUGCUGAAGAUGAAGAUGGCUGGGCUGAAUGCCAUCCAGACGUACGUGGCCUGGAACUUCCAUGAGCCCCAGCCAGGACAGUACGAAUUCACUGGGGACCAUGACGUGGAGCAUUUUAUUCAGCUGGCACAUGAGCUGGGACUGCUGGUCAUCCUGAGGCCUGGACCUUACAUCUGUGCGGAGUGGGACAUGGGAGGAUUACCUGCUUGGCUACUAGAGAAAGAAUCUAUUGUUCUCCGUUCUUGUGAUCCAGAUUACCUUGCAGCUGUGGACAAGUGGUUGGGAAUCCUUCUGCCCAAGAUGAGGCCCCUGCUCUAUCAGAAUGGAGGGCCGAUUAUAACAGUGCAGGUUGAAAAUGAAUAUGGCAGCUACUAUACCUGUGAUUACAACUACCUGCGUUUCCUGCAGAAGCGUUUCCACUACCACCUGGGUGAGGACGUGCUUCUGUUCACCACGGACGGGGUGCAUGAGAGUCUCCUGCAGUGCGGGGCACUGCAGGGGCUCUAUGCCACCGUGGACUUCGGAGCAGAUGUCAACAUCACAGCUGCUUUCCUAAUCCAGAGGAAGAGUGAACCCCAAGGACCCUUGGUCAAUUCUGAAUUCUACACUGGCUGGUUAGACCAUUGGGGCCAACCUCACUCAACAGUCAAGACUAAAGCGGUGGCUUCCUCCCUUCACGAUAUUCUUUCCCGAGGGGCCAGUGUGAACAUGUACAUGUUUAUAGGUGGCACCAAUUUUGCCUAUUGGAAUGGGGCCAACACGCCCUACCAAGCACAGCCCACCAGCUACGACUAUGAUGCCCCACUGAGCGAGGCCGGGGACCUCAGUGAGAAGUAUUUUGCUGUGCGGGACGUUAUUCAGCAGUUUGAAAAAGUACCUGAAGGCCCUAUCCCUCCGUCCACACCGAAGUUUGCAUAUGGAAAAGUUGGUCUGAAAAAGUUAAAGACAGUGGAGGAGGCUCUCGACAUUCUGUGUCCCUCUGGACCCGUAAAAAGCGUUUAUCCCUUGACAUUUAUCCAGGUGAAACAG